UCCGAGAUGGCGGCGGCAGCGGCGGCGGCGGCGGCGGCAGGCGAUUCCGAUUCCUGGGACGCGGACACGUUCUCGCUGGAGGAUCCAGUGCGGAAGGUGGGGGGCGGCGGCACCGCCGGCGGGGACCGCUGGGAAGGCGAGGACGAGGACGAAGACGUCAAGGAUAACUGGGAUGAUGAUGAUGAAGAAGAAAAAAAAGAAACUGAAGAAAAACCAGAAGUAAAGAUUUCAGAAAAGAAAAAAAUAGCAGAAAAGAUUAAAGAAAAGGAACGGCAACAAAAGAAAAGACAAGAAGAAAUUAAAAAGAGGCUAGAAGAACCUGAAGAGCCUAAAAUGCUGACACCAGAAGAACAAUUAGCAGAUAAACUUCGACUAAAGAAAUUACAAGAAGAGGCAGAUCUGGAAUUAGCAAAAGAGACUUUUGUGGAAAUUGAUGACUUGAAAAAGAUUACCAAUUCAUUGACUGUGCUUUGCAGUGAAAAACAGAAGCAAGAAAAGCAAAGCAGAGCCAAAAAGAAGAAGAAAGGUGUGGUUCCUGGAGGGGGAUUAAAAGCUACCAUGAAAGAUGAUCUGGCAGACUAUGGUGGUUAUGAUGGAGGAUAUGUACAAGACUAUGAAGACUUCAUGUGACAAAGUUUUAUCUUCUCCUGGUGUCUUCUUUCUGUUGCCCACAGUCCCUACAACAUGUAGCACAACUUCCUUUCCUUUCAGUUCUGCCAAAUGCUACAAUCAGAAGUGCAGUAUCUUUGUGCUGGUUACUUAACCCCUUGACUCUUAGGUGCUAAUGUGCAAAUGAGGGAACUUGGAUCUUGCUGCCAAGGGGUUAAAAUUGGGAACCUCAGUUGCUACUAAAUCAUAGUUUUUAAAAAAUCCUAAUAAUGUUGUCAUUGUUGCUAUCUGACUCUAUAGCAGCAGUCACUAAAUUGGAAACAAA